GGCGCAGAGCUCGGCUCCCGCUCCCGCCGUCCGAAUUGGGAGUGGCUUAGGGCCUGGGGGCGGGCUUUCCUGAGCGGCUGGGGAACGCAGAAGUCGCCAGUCGGGACUGCGGGCUGUGACAGUCAAACUCCCGUGCGAUCCCACGGCCACCUCGCUCUCCUCCGCGCCCACCGUCACGCCGGCAUGACGGGCUCUCUGUUCAAGGGGAACUUUUGGAGUGCAGACAUCCUCAGCACCAUCGGCUAUGACAGCAUCGUCCAGCAUCUCAACAAUGGCCGUAAGAACUGCAAAGAGUUUGAAGAAUUUUUAAAGGAAAGGGCCGCGAUUGAAGAGAAGUAUGGCAAAGAUCUGCUCAGCCUCUCUAGGAAGAAGCCAUGUGGACAAUCUGAGAUCAACACCUUGAAGCGGGCCUUGGAAGUCUUCAAGCAACAAGUAGACAAUGUGGCACAAUGUCACAUUCAGCUUGCACAGACUCUACGAGAAGAGGCCAGAAAGAUGGAAGAAUUCAGGGAAAAGCAAAAGCUACAGCGGAAAAAGACAGAGCUUAUAAUGGAUGCUAUCCAUAAACAAAAGAGCUUACAGUUCAAGAAAACCAUGGACGCAAAGAAGAACUAUGAGCAGAAAUGCCGGGACAAAGACGAGGCAGAGCAGGCUGUCCACCGAAGUGCCAACCUCGUAAACCCGAAGCAACAGGAAAAGCUUUUUGUGAAACUGGCAACUUCAAAGACCGCAGCAGAGGACUCGGACAAAGCAUACAUGCAGCACAUCAACGCGCUGGAUAAGGUCCGAGAAGAAUGGCAGAGCGAGCACAUCAAGGCCUGCGAGGUGUUUGAAGCUCAAGAAUGUGAACGAAUAAACUUCUUCCGGAAUGCACUGUGGGUGCAUGUGAAUCAGCUGUCACGGCAGUGUGUCACAAGCGAUGACAUGUACGAACAAGUCCGUAAAAGUUUAGAAAUGUGCAGCAUUGAGAAGGAUAUUGAGUACUUUGUGAAUCAACGCAAAACUGGACAGAUUCCACCAGCACCUGUCAUGUAUGAGAAUUUCUACUGCCCCCAGAAGAAUGCAGCCCCACCAGGAAAGGCCACAGCCCCUAACUUGGCAAGAAGAGGACCUCUCCCAGUUCCUAAAAGUUUACCAGAUAACCCUGAUUAUUCUUUGGUUGGUGACUACAGUUUGAUCUAUCAGUAACAUCUUUGGAAAAAAUAGAAAAGCUUUUUCCAGAUACUGCUUCUAUGGUAUGGAAAGAGACACCCAGAGCAGCAGAGUCUAUACCCAAAUUUUGUCAGUCAUGAAGAUGUUGCAAACUCUUGCUGUAAUUUUUUGAUAUUUCAGAUUUGUGAUAGACAUUUAGUUCAACUUAUGCUACUUGAGUUCUGCAGUUUUUUGAGGAAAUUUACAAAUUGCCCCAGACUGAAGAAUUAUUUUUUCCCAGUCACAUAGCAAAGGAUCCAAUGGAUUGUGUUUUCUGCUUGGGAAGGAGGAAAGUCUCUUGAUUCAGAGUGUUAACUUUUGGGACAGCAGAGGUGGCCACAGAAGAAGAAGCUCCGUUGGCUUUGAGCAGCACAGCUAUGGGAUUUCUACAGCGACACACAUGUUCAGUAGUGCAAGAUUUAAAAUUACCCUUCUUUUUGACUGGAAGACUUAGAAGCCAUCUGGUUGCACUUUCUCAUUUUACAGAUGAGGAAAUGAAGUCUAGAAGUGUGAAGUCAGCUUCUGAUUGGGGACAGAAGCAGAAGUAGGGUGUGAGCUCAUUCCACGUCGCCAUUCUUCUAACUGUUCCUGAAGCUGCAAUGCUCAUGCUGAAAUUUAAGAUGUCAAAUAUUUUUGCCAGCACUUUUCUUUUUUUCAGUUGGGAAAAUCACCAAGGUUAAAUGUCAGAUUUAUUUUUAUAAGGAUCACUGUGUGUACUGAAUAUAGAGCAGCAUAUUAAUCUAACCUAAGAAGCCAUCGAUUAUAAAAUAUGCCAUUAUUUUCUGUACCACCUGAAGUGGGAAUGACAGGGUUGCCAAUUAACUUGUAACAGGUCAUUAAUGGUCAAACCCAUUCAGAUUUGAGAUGCUAAAGUGUGAAAAAAAGUAUACCCUAGAAUUAAUGAAAUGUGUUAUUUUGUCUCUAUUCUGCAAGAUAAUUGUAGAAUUACAAAGCCAAUCCGAGAUCUUAAUGGGGAACAUCUUUCCUACAUCUUGGAAUCUUUCACAAAGAUCCUUUCACAAAUAUGUGGGUCUUCCUUUGUCACCACCAAACAGCAGGAAGUUACAACAGUCACACUCUGUGAUAAAACAGUAUAUUUUAAUUAAUGUCAAGUUAAAAUAUUCAGUAUGUUGUAAAAUUGUGUCACCACAAAAAAAUAUAUUUUCCUCUCCUUCGUGCAGUAACUGUCCCAGAACUAUGGACAGAUUGACUGAAAGAAGAUUGACCAUUUCUCCUCUUUAAUCUAACAUGCUACCGAAUAUGAUGGCUUCUUGUCAUGACAGGAAACUUACAUCAGCUGGAUAUCCUAUUGAGAAACUGAAGUUUGCAAAGGGCCAUUGACUUCCCCAAACUGAAUGAGCUCAGGAAAUUUUCCUUCUCACUCGGAACUUUCUAUUUUUACAUAUGUUAUUUAUUGUUGGCAAUUCCUCAGGGAUUUCGCUUUUCUCUCUGUUGCUCAUUGUAAUUGACGUAAAGUGUUUUAUGAAUGGGAAAGUAGUACUUUUUAUUUUAUUGCUCUUUCCAUUUGAUAUAAAGUAAAAUAAAGGUUCUUGGUGAUUCAG